AAUUUAAUCCUCUGUUGUAAUUCUUUUGUGCGGUUCUGCCAUCAGCCAUUGACAGAAGGACGGACUGUUGGAGGUCACGCACGUACCAUAACCAAAAUGUUGUCCAGAAUUUUGCCAGCAGCCAGAGCUGCCACAUCCUCUGUUGCGCGAUUGCAAGCAGUUCGCUGCAUGGGGGGCCAGGCUCCUGCUCACUGGAAGAGUGACCUUGAAAUUGUCACUGAGAACCGUGUUACAAUGAAUGACCACCCUAUUCCUGAAGGUUCCUGGCAAGAGAAUUACAACAAGAGAAACAGCAAGUACAACAUGUAUAUUGCAGCUUCCUCGCUGUUCCUGGUUGCAACAGCUUUCAUACUCUACCAGUCUGGAGCGGUGUACCUCCAUUCCACUCCUCCACUCAAGAAGAGUUAACUCAGUCGAUGUUAGAGCAGUUAUUUGACUUGUCAAGCACACAUCAGGGACUACAUUAGCCUUGCAGAUGAAGAGUGAUAAUCCUUGAAACUGAAUGGGCACCACAUAUCGCCUUUGAGGACAUAUUUCAUCAGGAAUCUUUUUAAUAUCAUACGCUGCAAGUUGUUAGCUUGAAUUGUCAGAUAAAAUGUAAGUUAAGAUUGUGUGACUGAGUCAUUUUUGUUUUGUUGUUGAAAUACUAAAGCUUACCAUAGUAUGACUGAAGCUGCAGAGAAUAAACUUUGAACUUGA